AUGCAGCUGUCUUUGACUCAACCCCACUACUGGACACUCCUGCUGGUGCUAUUGUCAAACCUGCUUCUGUGGGAGAAUGUGGCCCCUGUGCCCAUGUGUGAAGCAGUAAAUGGGCAAUGCCAGCUGACUCUCGAGUACCUGUUUGAUCAGGCACAUGACCUAUCUAAGAACACCAAACGCCUCAUUUCAGGAACCUUCAAUGAGUUUAAAAAAUUGUGUGGUUUACGUAUGAACUACAAGGAAAAAAUCCUCCAGCUAUGCUACAAAUAUUCCUACCCUGUUCCAGAUAAAACAACACAAGACCAAAAGAUUCAGCCUGAGGUCCUUUUGAAAGUGACUAUAAGUAUGCUGAUUGGUUGGAACAGCACCCUGAGGGACGUAGUAGCAGACAUUACUGAUGUGGAGUCAAUUCCUGGUGUGGGAGCUUUCGUAUCUAAAGUCAGAGAGAUAACUGAAAAAUUCACAGGACUCACAGCACUACUAAAGGAUGUCAAGUCAUUACUCAGCCUGGUUCGUCUUGAAUCUGAGGAAAAUAAGGACUACCCUGACUCAUCUAGACUUCCAUCCUUACUUCUGUUAAAUAAGCCCUCUCGCCUGUAUUUCUAUCAUACCCUGCUUGCCUGCUUGAAAUGUGAUGCUCAAAAGGUUGCCAAUCAUGUCAAGAUCCUGAGAUGCAAAUUAGUCCCCAGAAAAUGCUAG